AUGCCGUUGGAAAUGAGCCAAAACACAUCCAAAGUCAGUGCAUCCGCCCUCUCAACGUCUGCCACCACAGAUCUUCGCAUCCCGAGAUCCCCAAGUCAUUCUAUUCCGCGUCAGGGGUAUUGUGAUGACAAGCUGUUCAGCAAGCCAUCUACCAUCCAACUGAAGGACAUCGGCAGGAUGGAGGAAUCGUCAGGUAAGGCAGCCCCAUCCCCAAUGCGAUCGUUCCUACCUACUAUCAACAGCGCCGUUCCCCCUACACCCUCCUCUAUAAUCUUCAAGAAGCAAGCCGAUACCUUUUCAUUUAUUACUGAUUGCUCUGUGAAGGCGCGCCGGUGUGCGGAUAAAGAGUUGGGCGUCAUGUUGACCGACAAUACAAUGGAGUGCCUGUCGAGCAUAAAGAAGUGA